GCGUGGGAUGUUCCUACUGAAUCGUUUCGUGAAAUGUCGCACGAGUACCAACUAACCUAUUUUAAUAUUCGUGGGCUAGGAGAACCCAUCCGUCUACUUUUUGAGGACAAUGGUAUAAACUAUAAGGAAGAAAGGAUUGAAGCUGGAGAGCAGUGGCAGAAACUGAAAGAAGAAGGUCAAUCUUCUGGCAAGAUUCCUUUUGGUCAGAUGCCAGUGUUGCAGGACGGACCCUUGUAUUUAGCUCAAAGUGGGGCAAUACUUCGUCAUUUAGCGAGAAAACACAAUCUUUAUGGUGACACGGAGGAGGAGAAAGCGUUGGCGGAUAUGAUGAACGAUUUUGCCAACGACCUUCGUACGCCAUAUGUGCGAAUGAUCUACAACGACAGUUGGAAGGAGAUGUUACCAGAGUAUUUGGAAACCGCAAAAAAGCAGUUGGAUGGGUUGGAAAAAUAUUUGAAUCGCCGAGGGAAACCGUAUGUGGUAGGUGACAAACCUUGCUUUGCAGACUACAACUUGUUGGCGAUGCUGGAUUGUAUGCAUCGUUUAAAGGAUGAGCUUUUGGAUUCAUUUGAGUUGGUGAAAAAGUAUUAUUUGCGAAUGAAACAACGUCCUAAAGUGGCAGCAUAUUUCCAAUCCAAUAGAAUUCCUGAGAAAGUAAACAAUGUGCCUCGCGGAUAGAAAUAAAAGGGAGUUUCUGUGUUUAUAAGAAAAAAAAUCCACAAUCU